AAGAAUGUCUAGUUGAAUAAUACUCAAUGUGACCGUCAUGCCAGGGCCUUGAAUUUGAAGAACGGCGAACAGAUUGAUUCCCACGUCUCGCUGAUGCUGCAACAUUACUACGAGAAGACAAUUUUGACUGACAACUGUGAGAAAAUUAGUUUGGGAUUACAACACCAAACACAUAAUGAUGAGAUACUUAGUAAACAGGAUGGAAAACUGAGAGAAGUGAAAACAUCCAUCUUCCUGUUCUGUCUAUUGCACACUUAGUCAUGAGAUCACAACGCGCACACACUUAUGGUGUCAACAUUAUGUUUUCAUAAAAACGGAUUUAUCAGUGUUCUCCUCUAUCACGCGAAUUAAUCUCGACAGCCGACAUCAUGGAGAACAAGGAAAACUGCCCCGCAGGGUUAUCGUUACACCAGCCAGACGAGAACAUUUGGCGGAUAGGGGGUCAGUCAGCCUCUCUCCCCUGUAACAUCGCAUAUGAUACCAAUAGGAAAAUUGAUGUCCUCUGGUUCGUCUUCAAGCAGGACGCUCACCACUCGGUCGAUCUGAUGACCCAGCAACACAAAUACAGCCUGGAGAGAAACAGCCUAAAUAUCAACUCACUCCAGGUCAAUGACAGCGGAGUGUACCACUGUGCUGCCGUGUUUAGAGACGUGGUAUGCAGCCGGGCACAGGAGAUAGGGCAGGGCACCACGCUGGUGGUGAGAGAGAGGGGCAUGCAGAUGGCCUGGCAUGUUUUGCUGUGCCUGCUGUUUGUCCUGUUGGUCUUGUACAGCCUGGCAAUACUGAUUCUGAUCAUUCGUAAGAAGACUGGGAAAGACAUUGCCGUUUGCAGAGGCACAGAGAAGAGUGACAUCCAGAAGAAUAAAGUUCAAGUACAGUUUGGUGCUGUUGUGCAAGAGCUGUACGGCAAGAGGAAGUUACGAAGUAACAAGAAAAACCCCAACCACAGUGGCCCUGCUCAAAACAAGGUUGAAAGCCCCCACUCCAACCAUCCAGAGGACAUUUACCAAAACCAGUGACUCAACAAAAAGGAGAACCGCUAAUGACAGCUACUUCCCUACAGACUGAUCUUCAGGCUACACAGACUGAUCUUCAGGCUACACAGACUGAUUUUCAGGCGGGGGAGACUGUAAACUAUAAGGACACUGCUGACCUGCAAAACGACUAACCAAAAUCUAAAACUGACCCUGACCUUAACCAAAGAGAGUAACAAGACAAAAACAAUCCCGAUUUGAUGAACUUCAAAUUAAUCAGAAAGAAAAACAGAAGUCCCUCUACUGAAUCUGAAGUUCACCUAUUUGAAUAUCCAUUUUUUUUGUCCAUGUUUCAGUUUCAAGUCAACGUAAAUAACACGUGCAAGUUAUUUGAAUGAAGGCUUGUUUUUAAUUCAAAUGGAAACAGUGUAAAUGGACUUGUAGAAAACAUUCCCCAACAAAUUAAUGCAAAUCAUUUGAAUGAAAAGUAAUUGCAUAUUUGUUUGGUAUUAACUAUUUAGACAAAGGCACAACAUCACAAUGGUUCAGGUCCCAUGAUAACAGUAUGUAGUAAACACAAUGUCAAAGAAAAUAUCUGUUUUACAUUCAAUUUGUUUGGAGAACAAAGUCCGCAAACUAAUAAACUAUGUGAAAGUAA